AUCUGACGAAAGCUUCAUAUCCAACGACACAACCGGCACAGUGCCACCCACACGGAGAAUCGCUCUUCCAUGUUAGUUUAUGUUCCCCCAGCCAGCGUGCCAGCACUGCAACGCGCAGUUGGAAUCUACGUUCACACCUACCCACUCCUGCCAUGGGUGACGAUAGUACUUUCCGUGAACGGGUUUUCAACCGCUUGAAACCUCGCGCAAACAGUUUCGACCUCAGUUCUGAAGGUAAAACGACUUCAAACCCUCGAGCUUCCAUCAAGCAGCCUCCAUACCAGGACAUGAACCAUCUGCCCGCGGGGCGUAGUGGACCAAUGGGCAACGUCAUGUCAAUGCGAACUAUAUUGUCAAGUAGCCAUCAGAAUACGAGGAAAUCAUUGACAGAUGAAAUUUUCGAGGACUUUCGCGAGAUAUGGGUCAAGAGAAGGGGGGAUGAGAUGACACCGGAGGAUCGUACCGUGCUGCUGGAGCGACUCACCGCACUCGUUGGGACUCGGAUAUGGGCGAAAAGUGCACCAAGCCGGCAAUCCGAAGACAAAACUCGAGCACAUACGCCUACUGCCCUGAAGCGAACAGCCACAGCCACAGCCGCAGACAUGGAGCAAGCAGAUUCAUGUGCCGGGGGAGGCGCCACUGACGACCCGGGGCCGCUCGCACUCCGCGGUCAGACGGGAGGUGUCUCUAUUGCUGGGGGAGUUGGUGAGGAGGACGGAAUGCAGCUGGCAGGGAACCCCAAUACUGGCGGAGAGCGGUCGGACGAUCUUCAGGCCGACGAAGAAGGCAAUGGAAUCGUCGCCAAGAGGCAAAGCACGGCACAGACGAAGAACGGACUUUCUGUCUACGGACAAGAUCAAUCGCAGCACGAAGCUACGGGGGGCGAGAAUUAUGGGAAUCUGAGGAAAUUGACGGGUUCUUCGGAAGUAGGCUUGACAGAGAAUAUUGCGCCCUUGCUCGAAAAAACACCCAUUGUUGUUCACCAGGCUCCGCAGAGCAUCUCCAAACUCUUGGCCGACAAUUCCGAGUACGUUCCGCCCGGGAUCGUGUUGGGGGCUUCCAAAAGCCAUGUUGGGGAUACGUCAGAAGUCAAACAACUCAACCACAUACCAGGCGCCCAUCGAACAAAACGAGAAUUGGAGUUUAGUAUUCCACCACCAUCUGGGCUGGGGACUCUCAUGUUCCCGAUGAACCAGACCGGAGAUAUUUUCGAGCACUCUGCGCCGGAUGCAAGUCGGAACCCAGAAGAAACCCGGCAUGUCGUCCAUGGUGCGGUCACCCCGGUCUCCGGAUUCGUAUCCUCGAAGGAUGCUUCUAGGGGCAGAGAAAUAGCCGCUACAUCCAGUGCCUCCCAGACCAUCAAAGACCGUCUACCUGAAAUUACCGAAACCGCAGAUACCCAGCAGGCCGCUUCUUCUACGCAGUGUGUAGUAUGCGAUACUACUAAUGAGGUCUCCUGGUGCAGCAUUUGCGAUACAACUUUGUGCGGAAAUUGUUGGUCCCGUCAGGUGGCUCAUCAGAACAAAAGAGGAUCCCGGGAGCACCCUAGGAUGAAAUUGUGGUUUCAAACGAUAUUGCCAUCCCUUUUCUCUUCUGAAGAACCUUCGAAUAUUGACCAAACCAAGUUCAAAUGGUAUGAAGUGGACGCAAAGGGAAAUAUCUCUCUCGAGCACCGGUAUGGAGAACUGUCUAUGGAAGCGGGUAUCGAUCACCCGAGGUAUCCUACCCUGCUCAGUUUUAUUGGAGACCCUGGUGCAGGAAAAAACACAUUGAUCAGGGCUUUGAUGAAGUGUAAGGGAGCACAACCAGGUGUUCAAACUCCGGUGGUUCAAACCAUAGGGUUUGGAAACCUUGCCAAAGAAGUUCACUUGUACGCCGACUCUUUCAAGGACGAAUCGGACACUCCCUGGCUUUACGCACAUACCGAUGAUAGUGGCGUGACGGAGAUGAGCCCGGCAGGUGCAGCCGAGGAGUCUUUGUCGUCCAACCAAGAUUGUGGAAGCAGCACAACUUCGCUACGUUCGGGCGAGCUCGGUGGCAGAUUUACUUGCACAAAUAUACUUCUCACACUUUCGGAUGUGACGGUAUAUGUUACGAGGAAUCCCCGGGUUAUCGAAGAGACCUUCGUCAAAUUGAUAUUACUGGCUAAGAUGUCCGCGGGACGACAGAUACUGCCAUACUUAUUUGUGGUAGUUAACGCGGUAGAGAAUUCGGAGUCCAUCAGUGGAGUUUCUCCUCUAUACCAUACCGAAUUUACGGAACAUACCUUGAACACCCAUGCUGAAUGUAUCCAGAAAGAGCCGCUUAAGUCAUUGGUGGACGAUUGGACGGACAGGGGGAAGAGUAUCAAGAACCUUCACGACUUGAUCUUGCGAUACUACACUGGCAUCAAGAUUAUUUGCAUUCCACACUCAAGCUCGGACCCUUCACUAGUCUUGUCUCAAUAUCGGGCACUAGUGACGGAAGUGCACAAGGCAGUGGAGCAGAUCGUUCAGGAGAAGAAAGAGGCUGAAAUUCUGCUCAAUAGCGAGGACCUGGAUGUCUACUUUGAGCAUGCAUUUUAUUACUUCUCUCAGAAUCCUUCCAGGCCGUUCAAAUUCAACUUCCUCGAGACAGUAUUUCGACGAAAUCCCGUACAGGCGGCUUUUACAGACCAAGUCAACCUAACGGCGAAGAAUCUCACAUUCAGGGGGGGGCAUGAUGACGGAGAAAAAAAUCUAGAAACUCUGGUUGCGUCGAGCAUCUUACUGGAUGUCCGCCACAAAGAAUAUCCACAGACAUUGACCGCUGCCCCGUUCGUGUUUCAGAAAUAUAAAAAAGUAUGCCAGGAAGCAACGACAGUCGGCAGACCGUCCCCGAGCGGGUCAACACCCCCGGAAACCCCAAGCAUUGGCCUCGGCCAAUCUCAGAUCCCUCUCAGUUUGCCUAUUGCUACAGGUGAAUCCGACUCUGAUCGUUUUCUUCAAGAGUACAUGCGGCAGUUGCAGGAGCUUCAGGGGGUUGCUAGGGAGACGGGAGCUGUCCAAUAUGGAGUCAGGCGGCCAAGCAUGAUCAACAUGGAGAAUGGUGCGUCUGACACUGCUGGGGUUGCCGCUUCCACCGGAGCAGCACACCAGUCUACGGUCGGUACCGAUGUCACCAACGGUUUAUUAGGACCAGACGUUGCCGACACGAAAAGCGAUGCUACCGAAUCCCACCACAGUAAUCCCGGGAGUGUGCUUUUCAAUAACCGUCGGCGGAUCCUCAAGCUUUUGUCACAGUUACGUAUCAAUAUCGAUAAAGUGCCAUCCUUUUGCCAAUGCGAAUGUUGCAAAGGACUUCCAAUUACUCAGCUACUACAGGGUGAACAAGAAAUUUUCCGCCUUUGUCAACAAGACUUUUCCGACUCUGACGCGCAGUUCGGAGACCGGAGCACGUCUGGACCGGGAUGGGAAUCGCGGGAAACGUUUCCCCGAGUCCUUGUGCUCACUGGGAAUGUUGAUCAAACUAAGGAUCUUCUGGAACACAUCAAGACAUCGAUUAGAGGAAUACCUCUAUAUGCAAUUGUCGACGUGAUAAUCUGUUCCGAAGGUUUCCGGGAGACUCUCCGCGAAAUCACUCAGGCCGAAAAGAGACAUCCAUGCAUGUUUGUCUUUCCUGAUUACAAGGCGCCGGACGAAGAAAAACGGUCCCUUGUUGAGGGGAAUUAUCGAGACUUGAGUGUAUGGGCGGGUUACUGCAAGCCAAGGCACAGGUCUAGUGGUUCUUCAGGAUCACCAUCAAUGGCAGUGAACAAGGCGGGCGAUAGGACUGGAGAGUCUAUCCCAACGAAAUCUGGCCGCCACGGCAGGUGGACGACGAAAGCCGUCGGAGUCGUCUCGAAGGCCGUCGGAGCGGGCACGAAAGCCAUCGUAGCAGGCAGGAAGGCCGCUCGGAAGGAGUUCAACUCCUCGCGACCGUCCAGCUCAAUGAUUAUGGAACACAGAACAGCAGUGGCCAAAAUACCGACUCCGGAUCUGGAGACCAUUUUCAUAUACGAAAUUGAAUACCUUCGCUGCCAUGUAAAGGCUACUGCUGACAUACCUUACGCCGCGCUGGGAUCCAUACAUUCCGAUGAAAGCUUAGCUGAGAGGCUUGUCGCCACCCUGCUUGCGAAUGUUUUCUACUUCAAGCCCGUCAAGAUCCAAAACAUUAGCACCUCCAGAGGCACCCGUUUCCGUUGUACAGGUGAAAUCCUCUGCCGUUUUGGUAGCGACCCGAAACUUCUCGCACAACUGAGAGAGGUCGUGGAAGACAGCGGACCACUGUUCUCUAUUGAGUGCAAUGGGAAAACCAUCUUGAGAUCAUUCGGAGAGAGGCUCGAUGAAGAGAAAUUCCAGCUUUCAGUAGAGUUCAUCGUCGACUCUAUCGACGCUGCGAUAAGUAUCCGCCUCAUGCGAGGUCAGCAUACGCCCUCCGUGGGCGGGUUUCCUGCCACUCUCUACGACUUGAAGAGGUUGCGCCGAAGAACACCAGGUAUGUGGGAUCUUCCGGAGUAGAUCUCUUGCUAUUGUUGCUCAUAUCGGCGCGUUGCGACAGGUCUUUGGUAACUAGGGUUUCAAUAAUUAUGGCAUAUGUAGUGGGGUUACUGUAGCUUGCAAUUCAACAUCGGCAAUUUUCAUUGGCUGGUGUGACCUUUGUGGAAUUACCAUAAUGGAUCCGACGGAGAUCCUUCUCAUCCAAUACACUCCUUCGUAGUGUGAAUCC